GACAACUGUCCAUUUACAAUAAAGCGCCACUUCGACAAGGAAGACACUGCAGAGAAGCAGCGUGUCAUGCCUGCUGUUAAAACCACCGUUUCUACCCUACCCUCAGAAUACUUCAUAUGGGGCAGUGUCAUCUGAUGCCUGCAGCCUUUUAUUGAAACAUCUCAGAGGACCUGUUAUUGAUCAAAUGGAGGGCACGUUUCCAUCAGAAAACACUUCCUCCACCGCCUGUAACUUCUCCCUCUGCCCCACUGCUGCAACGUUAUAUUUCCUUCCCUCCGUCUAUGCGCUCCUCUUCCUCACCGCUCUCCCGGGGAAUGUACUUGCUCUCUGGGUGUUCCUGCGGUGCAUCUCCAGCUUCUCCCCUAUCCACAUGUAUCUGUGCCACCUGAGUAUAUCCAAUCUGCUGUUGUCCAUCACCACGCCCUUCCUCGCAGCCUACUACGCCAAAGGCUUGGUCUGGGGUCUGAACGAUGUCCUGUGUCAGCUCGUCCUGCACGGCAUUACCCCGGUGCUCCACGUUAACAUCUACAUAAGCUUAAUGAUGCUCACUUGGGUGGCCGUCAGCCGCUUUGCGUCCCUAAUCCAGAACACCCACGCCUCGAGGCCCAGCGCCUGCACCACCCUGCUGCCACACGCCUUCUUCGCCAGCCUCAAAAAAGUGUCCUUCGCCAACGUCGUGUGCAUCACGGUGUGGCUAAUGUCAGUGGGGUGCAUUGUGCCAGUGACUGUGUAUUACGCAGUGCAUGAGGCUAUGAACCAAACCACCAAAAAUGACAAAUCAGGACGUGGGAAGGUGUGCUACAGCCCUGCUGUGGAACUUGGAGGCAGUCUGUCUCAAACUGCCACUGUGGUCAUUACAACCUUCUUCUUUGUGUUGUACCUGCUGGUGCUGCUGUCCUACAUCACGGUGCUGAGGCAUAUCCGGCGCUCACGUCGCAACACACCAGUGACAACCUCCCAGAGACUGCUGAGGAGGGUGUUCCGAAACAUUGUAGUCAUCCAGGUCAUUCUUUCUGUUUGUCUGCUGCCGCACCAUAUCUUCAAACCCAUCUUCAUUUCUCUGGUCCAAGAAACUCAUCUUCAGUGUUCCCCCACCAAAGAAACUUCCAGCUGCCACCCAUUCUCCGGCUUUAUCGAGCUGAAGAACUGCCUGUUUCUUCUCGCUGCACUGAGAAGCUCAACUGACCCCAUCAUGUACUUUGUGCUGGACAGGACGUUCCGCAAUGAAACCCUCAAACUUUUAAGGUGGAACCAGAAAAACUCCAUAACACUGCAGAUGUUCUGCUCAGGUACAGGAAGUGCCACUCUGAAGUCCGAACAGCAGAAGGAGGAAACUGCAGUUUCUGGCACUGUGGAGUUCAGUCAUGCAAGUGUUAUGUAGUUAACAAUACUCAUCUUUUGACUGCAUGGAAAGCAAAUGUAGUAAAGUUUCUACUUACAAAGCAGCUCAUGAAAAAACUCGAGCAGUGAGCAAGAGAAAGGUAGUGGCACAACACUUCCAUUUUCACACAUCUGUAUCAUUACUACAUCUCAAGUUUUUGGUCAGUUUGAGUAACACAGUCAAUUUCUACCAAAUACACCAGGACUGUAUUCACAGUCUAAAUUUCUCUCUCGUGCAGCUUUAAUCCAAGUUUUCAUUUAAAUGAUGUCCUCGUUAUGUCUGAUAGUAUCUUAUUACUUUGCAAAGAAAUCGGCAUAUCAGACACGCGCUGACCAAACGUUAACAUUUAAAGCUCAAUGUCUUCUGUGUAGUGGUCUUUUAAUAUCAGACAUCAGCACCCGCCACUGGCCAAACUCAGCCACUGGCCACGUGUGCUGUGUCCUGCUGUGGCUUUAUGGCGUUAUUUUUGUGCCACUAUUCUGAGCGCACGUAAAAAAAAAUUUGAGCGCACUUAAAAAAAAGUUUGCGGGUGCAAGUGUCGCAUUUUGAGGAGAAAUUUAUUU